GCCACAAGUUGAAGGUGAGCUGAUCCGGCUUCAUUAGAAAAAAAAUAAAAAUAAACUCCCGUCAAACGUUAGAAAUGAUCUGUCAACUGCAGUCUCAUAUUCUGUUUUAAUAUUUAUUAAAUAUUUGCAGUGACGAUACUAAUAAAUUAAAAAAAAUUUAAUAUUAUUUAAAAUAAACAAAUAACGAUGAAGCCUCAGGUAACAGAUUCGAAAACCAAUAUUCCUGGUUCAUCAGUAAUCCCAUUAACGUCAGUAUCAAGUGAAGCCAAUGAAUGUUUAUUCGAAUACUUACAUGCUGAAAUAAUGAAUUAUGUUGUUGGUAAAAAUUCCAAUGACUCUAAUUUGAAAGAUGGCGAGGAAAAUUUAUCAGAAUUAGAAUGGAUGGGUUUUGGUGUCGGUUAUCGUAUUAUUGAACGGCUAACUCGUGAAUGGGUACGUUUUAAAGACGAGUUAGAUAUGAUUAAAUUUAUUUGUACAGAUUAUUGGUCGUCGUUAUAUCAAAAACAAAUAGAUAAUUUGAAAACUAACCAUCAUGGCACAUAUGUAUUACAAGAUAAUGAAUUUAGAUUAUUAAAACAUUUAGCAAAUAAUACUAAUAACAAUAAACAAUAUUUACGCGAAUGUCCACGAUUAAUAUCAUUUACUUGUGGACUUUUAAGGGGAAGUCUUGCUAAUCUUGGUAUUAGUAGUAUUGUCAAAGCUGAAAUAACUUUGAUACCAACUUGUAAGUUUCAUGUUGAAGUGCAAAGAGUUUAAUUUUAUUAGAAAUAUUUUCUUUUUAUAUUGUAAAUAUACAUUAUUAAUAAAAGAUAUUUAAAUAUUGAAACAACAUUAGAAUCUAAAACUUUUGUUCAUCUCAUAAAUUAAUGUUUUGCAUAAGUUACAAAAAAAAUGGUGAUGGUCUAGAAGUGAGGCUCCACCUACUUUUGGCUAUAAAGUAGGUGUUCUAAAAAACUAUACCCAAUAGGGUGGCCCAAAAAAACCAACUAUUUUUUUUUUCGAGUCUCUGAUGAAAAUUUGUUGGUUUCAGAUGUUUUAAGAGGCCACUCCAAAAAUCAGCGCGAAUAAAAAUUUUCGAGAGGUCGCUCACGAAUUUUGAAAAUAUAAAAAAUAAUUGGAAUUCGGAUUUUUUGUUUCUGAAUUUUUUCUUCCUCGUGGCAGCAAUACUUUUUAUCUAUAAAAUUAUGACUGUGCUGAAAAUUUCAGCCCAAUAUUUAAAUAUUUAAACGGCGCUCAAGAAUUUUGAAUAUUAACUGAUAAUAUGUAACUAAUACUUUGAAUUAGUUUUUAUAUUUUUUUAUCACUCAAUUAUUGUCAUUCCACUUAAAUAUAACUUUUGCAUAACCGAAAAUAUACAGGACAGUCUUAAACAAUAAAGUUGGGUAAGUUUUGAAUAAGCAAAAAAACCUAAAACUUGAAUUAAAAAAUAAAAAAGUAUGCAAAUAACUUAUUAUUUAUAUUUCUCGGGUUGUAUUUUUAUUCAGUAUGAUACAAAUUGAUGAUAAAAAAAUUGAGAAACUUUAUUAUUAACAUUCAAGGGUCGCUCGAAAACAUCCAAGAGACAGUACUCGGAAACAUUAAAAAUUCUUGAGCGACGUUUGAAUAUUUUAAUUUUGGGCUGAAAUUUUUAGCGGUCAUGAUUUCAUAAAUAUAAACUAUAGCUGCCACGAGAAAAAAGAAAUUUAGAACAAAAAAAUCAGAAUUUUGAUCAUUUUUGAUAUUUUCGAAAUUCGUGAGCGACCUCUUGAAAAUUUUUUAUCGAGCUGAUUUUUGGAGAGGCUUCUUAAAACAUCGUGAACUAACAAAUUUUCAUAAGAGACUCAAGAAAAAAAAAUAGUCGGUUUUUUGGGCCACCCUAAUACCCAUACACAAAAAAGUGUGAAAAAUAGUGCCCUUUUUUCACGAAUUUUGUGUGUGCGGAAUAUUGGUUUUUUUGGAAAUUUUUUUGUUCAUCAUCAAUCCGCCGAGGAGUAGAACAAUUAAAAAAAAACUAGAAUUGAUUUCGAGUCAAUUGAUCCCUGAAAAAAAAAAUUCGCUGCUGGGUCGACCCCUCAGAGGGCCACUUUUGUAUUGUGAGCUGCUGUGAGAUGCUGUAACGCGUCUGGGGCUUUCUAAAUUUUUUUUUCACUGCAAAUUGAAUUUAUUUUACUUGUUUCCGGACCCACGGAUGAUCUAAAAUAAAUUUUAAGUCAAUUGAUCCCCGAAAAAAAAUUUGCCGCUGGGUCGACCCCUCAGAGGGCCACUUUUGUGUUGUGAGCUGCUGUAGUGGGUUUAAGGCUUCCUAAAAAUUUUUUUUCACCGCAAAUUUAUUUUAUUUUACUUAUUUUCGUGCCCAUGGACGAUCUAAUAAAAAAAAAAUAUGAAAAAAUGUCAAACAGAAGACAUUUUAUGGCCCAAAGUAGGUGGACCCCCACUUCUAGACCAUUACCAAAAAAAUAAUGAUUUUUUGUCUUGUUAGUUAUUUGUUGAUUGUUCAAUUGCCCUGUGUUCCAAUUG